AGCCCGGGAGACGCGGGGCGCGGGGCGACACCGACCAGGCCGCGGGGACCGCAGGCCGCAGGGGACGGACAGCGCCCGCCGCCGGCCCCUCCCGCCGCUCGCCCUCCUUCUUCCUCCUCGCGCGCCCCCCCCUCCUCCAAGCUGGCCGGGCUCGGCCCCAACGUUCGCCUGCGGCCCGCAGAGCCGAACGACCGCCGGCAUCCGCGCGGCCGGAGCUGUUCCGGGUCCCGGCCGCCAUGGACAGCGACGAGGAGAUGGUGGAGGAAGCGGUGGAAGGCGAGCUGGACGACGACGGGCUGCCGCACGGGCUGUGCACCGUCACCUACUCCUCGGCCGACCGCUUCGAGGGCAACUUCAUCCACGGCGAGAAGAACGGGCGCGGCAAGUUCUUCUUCUUUGACGGCAGCACCCUGGAGGGCUUCUACCUGGACGACGCCCUGCAGGGCCACGGCACCUACACCUACGAGGACGGGGGCGUCCUGCGGGGCUACUACGUGGACGGGGAGCUGAACGGGCCGGCCGAGGAGUGCGACCCCGACGGCAGGCUCAUCUUCAAGGGGCAGUACAAGGACAACGUCCGCCACGGCGUGUGCUGGCUCUUCUUCCCGGACGGAGGCAGCCUCGUGGGGGAGGUCAACGAGGACGGGGAGAUGACGGGGGAGAACAUCGCCUACGUGUACCCCGACGAGCGGACGGCACUCUACGGCAAGUUCAUCGACGGCGAGAUGAUCGAGGGGAAGCGGGCCACGCUGCUGUCCACGGUGGACGGGAGUCCGCACUUCGAGCUGCUGGCCGAUAGUUCUGUGUUCCACUUUGAUAAGUCGACUUCGUCCUGCAUCUCCUCCAACGCUCUUCUUCCAGAUCCUUACGAAUCCGAGAGGGUUUACGUGGCCGAGUCCCUCAUUUCCAGCGCAGGAGAAGGGCUGUUUUCCAAGAUACCUGUGGGUCCGAACACUGUCAUGUCUUUUUACAAUGGAGUCCGAAUCACGCACCAGGAGGUGGACGGCAGGGACUGGGCUCUGAACGGCAACACCCUCUCCCUGGAUGAGGAGACGGUCAUCGACGUGCCCGAGCCCUACAACCACGUGACCAGGUACUGUGCCUCCCUGGGCCACAAGGCGAACCACUCCUUCACUCCCAACUGCAUCUACGACAUGUUCAUGCACCCCCGGUUCGGUCCCAUCAAGUGCAUCCGCACGCUGCGCUCCGUGGAGGCCGAGGAGGAGCUCACGGUGGCCUACGGCUACGACCACAGCCCCCCGGGGAAGAGCGGGCCCGAGGCGCCCGAGUGGUACCAGCUGGAGCUGCAAGCCUUCCAGGCCGCCCAGCAGAAGUGAAGGCCGGGCCCCGGGCCAGACGCCCGAAGGGACUGGGAUCCCCGCCCCCCGUCCGCCCGCGCCGGCCGGCCGGGCCAGCCGGGGGCUCCUCGCGCGGUCGGCCGCCCCCCGCCCGCCCGCCCGCCCGCCCACGCCGGCAGCCGCUCCCCCGCGCAUCCCGACUAGGUUUGACUGUAUCGCUCGCACCCGACCUAAAAUUAGCUAGCUUCCCCACGGCGUCCCGCUGGGCGGCACCGGGAGCCCUCGACGCGAGGCAGCACCACGUUCUUGGGUGGUUCAAGUCUAAAUCUGGACCACGCUCGGAGACGCCCGAUAAUCAGACUAAAGGAGGAAAGGGGUGCGUGUCUGGUCCUUCUGUUGUUGGUUUUUCCAUGUUCUUUUUUUUCCCCCUAUGACCAGUGUAAAUUGUGUGACACAUUUGCCUAGGUACCGUGUGGAGGGUAGAGAAAACCAGUAGAUCUUCAUUCUCUAAAUGUAGUAGAGUUUGCCUUUUAACCUUUGAUCUGUAUUUUAUAAUAGACUGGCUUUGGUUUUGGGAAUUCCUUCCCCGCCCCCCCCCCACAGGCAGAAAGAAGCCGCUUUCUACCUUGGACCUACUCUCUAGCCUAGAUAUCCUGUAACGAGAAAACUCCUGAGUGGAUUUGCAUCUCUGAUUUUCUUUCUAUACCAUCAUUUCAUUCUUAUGUCCUAAUAUCAAGAGCUGGCUCAUAAGGCCAGGGUAUUAUUAUUAUAGAAUUAUUAUUCUCGCAUGUAAACAAAGAUAUCUUUGCUUUCAGAUGUGAGAAGAAAUGAAUUUACUUUGCUUGCGUUAAGUUAUGGAAGAGUUGUAAUAUAUAUACCUUGAGAAGGAAGAAAAGAAAAUUAGUCAUUGUAGGCAGAAAUUGUGGCACUUUUCCAGUGUCUUUGAUGAUGCUAGUGUUUUUCUCCUUGGGUACACAUUACAUGUGCAUAAACCUA